AUGAUGGAUAACCAAAUAUCGACAGCAACUGUUGCUAGUGGCCGAGCAACAAUGACCACCACAGAUAGUAUUACUGUGCUACCGACACAUCUUCAUCGUAUUCUACAAAAUUUUCUUCUGAUCUGGCUUGAUGCGAAUUUUAAUGAAUCUGAAGAAGAUUUCAAGAAAUCAAUUCAACAUCUACGACAUAUUGUGGCAUCAAUCAGGACGUUCACCGAUGCUAACGAAUGUGUCAAUUUUCUCCGUAAAAUUAAAGAAGAAAAAGCAUUUAUAAUUGUAUCUGGGUCAUUGGGACAGCGUAUAAUACCAGAAAUUCAAGCAUUGCCACAAUUGGAUUCUGUUUAUGUGUUUUGUGAUGAUAAAUCGGUUCAUGAACAGUGGGCCAAAACAAUACCUAAGAUAAAAGGUGUUUACACAGAUAUUAAAGCGAUUUGUAAAGCAUUACAAGCCGAUCGUGAAGACUGUGAUCGAGCCAUGAUCUCGCUCAGCUUUAAUGGCAUCGAUCCGUUAUUUAUGUAUACACAAUUGUUGAAAGAAGUUCUAUUGGAAAUUAAAGAUGAUGAUACAAAGUCUGUUAAAGAAUUUGUUGAUUUUUGUCGUUGUCAAGAAGAAGAUAUUGAUGAAGAAGAAAUCGAUCAGUUCGAGCGCGAAUAUCGUAGUGAUAAAUCCAUUUGGUGGUAUACGGCUGAAACCUUUAUUUACCCCAUGCUCAAUCGUAGUCUUCGACUGAUGGAGGUUGACAUUAUACUAAAAAUGGGUUUCUUUAUUCAACAAUUACAUCAAGAUAUUGAAAAUUUACAUCGUGAUCAACAAUCCACCAACACGGCAUCUAUUGCUGUAUUUGAAGUGUUUCGAGGUCAACGUUUAUCACUCGAAGAUUUUGACAAAGUUAAAAAAACAAAAGGUGGACUUAUGUCAUUCAACAACUUCCUGUCCACAAGUCGAAACUAUAAUAGAGCUCUUGAGUGGUUUGCACGACCAGCAGCACUCCGUGAUCCCAGUUCAGUUGGCAUACUCUUCGUUAUGACCAUAGAUCGGACAUUAUGUGCACAAUCAUCAAUUCCUUUUGCUGACGUGAAAAAUGUGGGCGCCUUCAAAGAUAAAGAAGAAGAAAUUCUUUUUUCAACACACACAGUUUUUCGCAUCGAAGAUAUUAAACGAAUUCAAGAUGAUCAAACUGACCGGCUGUGGAAAGUCAAUCUCACUCUUAUAGGCAACAACAACCAUGAUCUAAACACGCUUACAGUAAGUAUACGAGAAGAGCUCAAGUUGAAAGCAGCACAAGGUUUGUCUCGAUUGGGUUUCAUCCUUAUUAAAAUUGGCGAGUUUUCAAAAGCAGAACAGCUCUAUCAGAUCCUCCUCGAAAAAGCAUCUUCUAAUAAAGAUCAAGCAGAUUAUAAUCUUCUACUUGGCUCGGUCACUCAAUAA